AUGGACGAUGCCUUCAAGUUCAUCAUCAAGAAUGGCGGCCUCACCACCGAGGCCAACUACCCCUACACGGCACAAGACGGACAAUGCAAGACAAGCAUUGCAAGCAACAAUGUUGCAACCAUCAAGGGCUACGAGGAUGUGCCCGCCAACGACGAAUCUUCUCUUAUGAAAGCCGUGGCUAACCAGCCUGUGUCAGUAGCUGUGGACGGAGGGGAUGUCAUAUUUCAACAUUACUCCGGCGGGGUAAUGACCGGCUCAUGUGGGACUGAUUUGGACCAUGGCAUAGCAGCUAUUGGAUAUGGCAUGACAAGUGACGGAACUAAGUAUUGGCUACUGAAAAACUCAUGGGGCACGACAUGGGGCGAGAGUGGGUACCUCAGAAUGGAGAAGGAUAUUUCUGACAAGAGUGGUAUGUGUGGCUUGGCCAUGCAACCUUCCUACCCCACCGAGUAG